AUGAAUGGAUCUUACUCUGUGCACUCUGGUUACCAUUGGCUUCACAAUACUGAAUUGAGGCGAAGAAAUCUGCGCCCUUCCUCUUCAAUGGCAAUUGAUCCAAGGCUUUGGAAGCAGGUUUGGAAAGCGGAUGUCCCACCAAAAAUUCAAAACUUCAUGUCGCGAGCUCUCAGAAAUUGCCUCGCUACAUCGGCAAACUUGCACAAAAAGAAAAUUGCAAGAUCGCCUAUGUGUCCUCUAUGUAAUGAUCAAUCGAAAACAGCUAAACAUAUCCUUAUCUUUUGCCCUUGGGUGGACCCUGUUUGGUGCGGAUGCUCCCUCAACCUGCGUAUAAAUCGACAGGCUGUGACAUCUUUUGGCCAAUGGUUAAGGAAUGUUAUUGAAGAAGAGAAAACCCUACAGCAGCGGUCACAAUGCAUAAUUGUUAUCGCAUACUUCUGCUGGCAGAUUUGGAAAGAUCGGUGCAAAGGGAUGCUGGAACACAUCUCCCUUUCACCAGCUAGAACUAUUCAUGUUGCCUCUAUUUCCAUCAAUGAAUUCCUUGGCACCCUUGAUCAUGGCAGACAUCAAACUGAGCCUCCUGGCCUCUCUAAUGCCAACCAGAAACAUCUUUGGAACCUCCUUGCCCCUCGCUUUGUCAAGGUUAAUGUGGAAGCAUCCUGGAAUCCAAAAUCAAGGAGGGUUGGCAUUGGAAUCCUGAUUAAGAACACAUAUGGAGACUUUCUCAAGGGUACAUCCAUCCCAUCAGUGGCGAACUUUGCUACAGAGGCUAAGGUGCUGGCUUGUCUCGAAGUUGUAAGCUCGCUGCUGAGAUGGGUUAUUGUCAAGUCACAUUUGAAUCUGAUUGUAAGGAAAUAA